AUUUUAUUUAAGGUUUUAAAGUAAAAAUGUGUUCAAUUCGUAGAUGAGAUUAGUGUUCCACUGCUGUCCACUGUCUAGUAACGGUGGGUGUGGUGACCAUUUUUACGGCGCUAUCGUCACGUGAAUGUGCAACUAAAGAUCUAAGCUCCAUUUUUAUUUCGUAUGGAGGUAAGGUACGUCCUCUAAUCCUUAACAAAGACAUCUCGUCGAAUCAAUCGGGCUUCGCAUUUAAAUCCAACCAUAAUACAAACCUGGAAUACCAAGAUCAUAUUCGUGCCGGAAGACAUAAUCAAUUAUCAAUUCACAGAAUGCUAUUUUUCAGUUUUUUCAAGACACUCAUCGACCACGAGGUGACAGUCGAGCUUAAGAAUGAUAUUCAGAUCCGGGGCACCCUGAAGAGUGUCGAUCAGUACCUCAACAUCAAACUUGACGAAAUUCAGGUCGUGGAGGAGAUUAAGUAUCCGCAUCUGAGCUCGGUCAAGAAUGUCUUCAUUCGAGGUUCGGUUGUGAGAUAUGUGCAUCUUCCCGCCAACGCGGUAGAUGUGCCGCUACUUGAAGACGCGACAAGAAGAGAAGCCGCACAACAAGCAGGAAAGGGGAAGUGAACAGGUGUCAUAGAGACUACGAGACAAAGAAAAGUUAGAUCAGCAAGCAGCAUUAUGGCUUUGGUUAUGAUUCAUGGGUAUGGCUCAUCACGACGACCUCGCUGCUGAUAGUGAUCAAACCCGAAGCUCAUCGACACAUACACGGCGCAGUAUAGGGGAAUAGAAGAUGAGUAACGCGCUUACUACUACAAGAACGGAAGAAGCUUUCGUGGAGUAUGAGGCGGGUUUGGCAUAAUAGACGGCACCCAUAAUCCCGAUUAUGACCCUACAAAACGUUUCGUGUUUCGUACCAAUUUCGUGAUCGCGGCCAAGUAUAGUCAUGUUAAUUCCAUUACCUAGGUAGUUUACACUUCCUAACUCAACGA